CCCAGCGCUUAGAACAGUGCUUGGCACAUAGUAAGCGCUUAACAAAUACCAACAUUAUUAUCUGUGCUGCUUGCCUACCCAUGCUCAGAUUACCCCUCUCCCCCUCUUUCUAACCACCCUUUCUCUGGCCAGCUGGAUCCAGAAGACACAUUUAUGGGCCAUUUUAUCCUCCAAGCCCUGGAACCCGCCAGAAGAUAUGAGGUGGCCAUCCGCUGCCGACUCCAGGAUGAGAAAGGCUUCUGGAGUGACUGGAGCCCAAGUAUCAGCUUCUGGAGCGUGCCGGCCGCCCCAAGCAGCCUGGUGAAUCUUUGGGUGUCGGCAUCUCUCUGCAGUCCGAAGCCUGGGGGUAACAGCCCCCUGCUGCUCUGGAAGCCGCUCCCAAAUGAGGCCAAUCUAAGCUAUGAAGUGGUGUUCCGGGUCAGGGGUUGUGACCUGCCCCCUGUUGUGCUCCCCUGCUGCCAAGCCUCACUUCCCAGAGAUGCAGAGUGGGCAGGGGUGCUGGCCUUCAACCCUACCGGCCGCACACCUUUUGCCAACCUCACCCUGAAGUGUGCGGGUUCUGCCCCGGAGGGAGUCAGGGUCAAGAGCACAGGGAACCAGGGGCUGCUAGUAACCUGGGAGCCUGGGCGAGGAGGGGAGCCCCAGGAGUAUGUGGUGGAGUGGACCAGUGAUGUGCAAACUCCCCAGGAACUUCACUGGAUCCGACUCCAAGCCGGGGAACACAGAGCCCUGCUGAAUGGGAGCUUCCCACCGGCAGUCCCCUUCCAGGUGGUUGUGAGUGGCAUUUUCCCCCAAGGGUUGGGCCGCUCCUUGCCAGCCCAGGGCUAUGGGCAGGAGACAGUGCCCUCGGCAGGCCCAGCCCUUCAGCGGUUACAGGAUGACCCCGGGGGAGCACCGGUUGUAGCAUGGGAGCAGUUGCCUUUCAGGCAGCGUGGUGGCCACCUCAUUAGUUAUAACCUGUAUGUGCAGGCGGGCACCAGCCCUCCUACCCUCUGCAUUGUGAGUGCAGACACCCAAAAUCUAACCUUGCGGAACCUGGUGUCCAGUGGGCGCUACAAGCUGUGGAUGACGGCUACCACCUCUGCCGGGGAAGGAUUCCCUGGACCGAGCCUUCUAUUGCAACUCCCAGAGAACACAGUCAGGUGGAAGGUGUUACUGGGCUGCCUGCUGCUCCCUGGGCUGCUGCUGUUAGGCUGCGGACUGGGCCUGGCCUUCUCCAAACGCUGCCUCCAUAUCUGCCACAAGCUUCCACCCCGCUGGCUCUGGGAGGACACCCCAGAUCCUUUCAACAGCAGAGCCGCCUGGACGGAGGAAGAGGAUGUCCCCAGGGCCCUGCCCCCCCAGGAACCUCCUCUUCUAGAAGUGGAGGAGAUGGAGCCCCUGACUGCACCACAGCCUGGAGUGGCCGGCCAACAGCCAUUGCACACCUUUGGCUACGAGAGGCACUUCCUGCCCACCCCAGAAGAACUGGGCCUCUACUCGGCAGGACAAGUUGACUGCACUCAAGUCACCAUGCAGCCCGGAGAAGAGGAGGUGCAGGAUGAUGGGGAGAGGGGGCCAGAGGAAACUGCGGGAACCGAAAAAUGCGAGAACCUACUAGCCUUGGGAGAGAAAGGGGAGAUUAACACCGGGCCAGAAAUGACUGGCGUGUCCCAAAGCCUGGAGGGCUCCCCGCCCCGACUCCUUUCCUCCCCACUCUAGGGGCAACGACGAUGUUCCCCAGGCCUAGACAGAAGAAUAAACCCAUCGGAACCACCA